AUGGCUGACGGCGAGCCCCCGUAUCAAGAGGACUUACUGGCAGGACCUCUUCCCUUUCUUGACACCUAUCACAGUGCUAGGCCCUACAGAUACAGAGUCAACUGGACCGGAGGCCAAGAACAGCAGAGUGCUGUGGUGGUGGAUUUGGGUCUGGAGGUGACGGGGCUUCAGCCAGGAGAGAAGUACUACUUCACUGUUGCCACCCUCAGAGAAGAUGGCUGCCAGAGCACAUGCGUGGAGGCAUCAGUAAUAACAGCAAUUCCAAUCCCAGAGCAUCUAACGGGAAACUCCAUCACUGCAUCAUCUCCUAGCCUCAGCUGGCUGCUGACUCCAGACAGCUUCCUGGUCUCUUACCAGAGUGAAGGGAAUGACCCAGAGUCCAUUUCUACUGAGCCCUGCAGUGCACACAUCACAGGCCUGAAACCAGGAACUGAGCUCACUAUUAGAGUCAAAACUGAGCUUCAGAGUGAUCAGAUAAAGACAGGUAAUGGACUUCCUGAACUGCUGUCUGCUCUGGGCCUGAGAGACCUUCAUGGAGGGAAGCUCACACUCAGCUCCGUCCUGGAGAUCAACAGGAACACAGUGUCUGAUGAGCCAGCACAGAGUCUGGAGCAGCUGCCAUGGAACUUCUUGAAGAGGCUCAUGAAGUCCAAUUUAAAUGCCAGAAAUAUAAAUUAUGCAGAUGCUCAUUCAGAACAUGCGAAGAACCUUAAUUCUGCUGAACCUACUGGUAACUAUAUUGCCAUGAAUCCUCUAGAUUUGAUCACAGCUCUAUUCUAUUGUUCAGAUCCUUUCCUCCAGCAGGAAAUGGUCUCCAAAAUGUCCAUGUGCCAGUUUGCUGUUCCACUGUUGCUUCCAAACUGUGACACACAGCAGUGCACUCUGAUGUUGUGGGCCAUGAGGGACCUGGUGAAAAAGUACAAACCUCAUUCAGGAGACAAGGCAUUUGUAGAGGGCAUGGUUGUAGAAAUGGACAUCCCCAUGGUGUCUUUUAUUAGACUAGGAAAGAGCAGUUUGCCCAAAUCUCAGAUUCUGAACAAGUUGAUCAGUAAUCCUCAUCAGCACAAUGACACGUUUGUCCACCGUGACAUGGACUGUGGUAAUGUGCCCAGGAGAGUUUCAGAUGGUCUGGUUGAAGUCAGCUGGUAUCUGCCAUGUGGGAACCCAAACAUUGACAUGUUCACUCAGCCAAUGGCCAUUGCCAAUCUGAGAGGAGACGCCAGGUUGUUUAAGAGCCAGAUGUCCUUCCUGUGUCAGACCUCAGCUGCAGUGUUCAUCUUCAGUGAUGACCUGGAUGGAGACCUCAGCACUCUGACCAACACAGAGAGCAAAGCAGAACUGUUCUUACUCACCAACUCUCAGAGGGAGAACUUCAACAUGGCGACACUCAAGGACGCGUGCAGACGACUCAACAUCAACGUCAAAAAUAGGAUCAUCAAGAACAGGCAGAAUGAUGUCGAUUUGGCGAAGAGUUUACGUGUCCAUGUGAGGGGCCUCAUUGAAAAGAACCCUUAUAAACUCAAAGUGGAGAGCAUGGUUGGUGUUGCUCACGAUGUAGGCAUUCAAGUGGACGAGGACUCUACUGAGUGCAGGAAUGGCAGACUUCAUGCUGAAGGAAUCACUAAAGCUAUCGAGGAUGUUGUGACAUUCAAGAAGAAACAGUUACCUUUGCAUGGGGACAUCUGGAAGGAAAUCAGCCAGUUGGAGAAAGAGAGAUGCAGAAUGAGAAAUGCAGGGACAGACACCGAGCACUACCUGAGUCAACUGAAGAGCAAAGAAAAGGCACUGAGGGAGAAGCAGCUUCAGUUCAAUAUAUCAGAUGCUAUGGUCAAAUUUACUGCUGGAAUCUCACAAUCAGGAAAAGAACAUCUGUACUUCCUGAAGUGGCUGAAGAUGCUGCUGGACACCCUUUGCAGGCGUGAGCUGUCCACACUGAGACAGCAGUGCAAAGAGUGCAGUGGAAACACACCACAGGACAAGGAGCUGAUCGCUCACUUAAAAGAGCAAAUCUCAAACUGCUCUUUGGGUCUUGAGCACUUCUUCCGUGAGCUGGGCCAGCUUUAUGAGUGUGCUCGCUCCCUUCCAGAAAACAACCCAGACCGGAACAAAUACCAGCACCUACCUGCUCUGUGUGCCCAGAUGUUGCUGGAUGGGUUUCCAAUUGAGCUGGUGGAUGGAGACGCAUCAAACAUCCCAAUGAAGUGGAUAUCAGCGGUCCUGACUCAGCUCCAUCAGCUGGUGGACUCCAAGAGUAGGAUCCUGGUGUUGACUGUGCUGGGGGUGCAGGGCACCGGGAAGUCCACCCUCCUCAACACCAUGUUUGGGGUGCAGUUUGCAGUCAGCAGUGAAAGAUGCACCAGAGGAGCCUUCAUGCUGCUGAUUAAAGUCUCUGAGGAAUUCAGAUCUGAGCUGGAUUGUGACUUUGUCAUAGUCAUCGACACAGAGGGCUUGAAAUCACCUGCAAGCUAUGAACACAACAACGAGUUAGCAACACUGGUCAUAGGGCUCAGUGACAUCACAAUCAUUAAUGUUGCCAUGGAGAACUUCACAGAGAUGAAGGACAUUCUGCAGAUUGUGGUCCAUGCCUCUCUUAAGAUGAAGGAGGUUGGGAAGAAGCCCAGAUGUGUGUUUGUGCAUAAGAACAUGUCAGACAUGUCUGCUCAUGACAGCAACAUGAGAGACGAGAGGGAGAUGGUGAAGCAGCUGGAUAAGAUGACUCAAAAGGUAGCCAAAAUGGAGAAGAGGGAAGCCAACACAAAGUUCUCUGAUAUAAUGGAAUAUGACCCUGAUGAACACAACUACUACAUCCCUGGACUUUGGCAUGGAACUCCCCCAAUGGCCCCAGUGAGCACUGGCUACAGUGAAGCUGUGUAUGAACUCAAGAGGAGUUUGAUUAACUCUGUGAAAAUGUCGGAUGACAUCAAGAGCAAUGAUGCAACAGAAUUCCUGAAGUGGACAGAAGGUUUGUGGAAUGCUGUGAAGUUUGAGAACUUUAUCUUCAAUUUCAGGAACAGUUUGAUGGCAGAGGCAUAUUCAGAUUUAUGCACUCAGUACAACACCUGGGAGUGGUCAUUUCAGAAUGUGAUGAACAACUGGCUUAAAACUAAGGAAACGGAAUUAUCCAAUUUUGGAGUGACCGAACAGAAUGUCCAGGGAGAUGGUUUACGUGGCAUACUCAAAGAGAUGUUAGAUGAGGGAUUGAAUAAGUUGGAUGAAGAGGAAAAGAAGAUCCUUGCAAACCUUGAAAAAUACUUUGAGAAAAAGGACCGCAAAGUCUGUUUGGUAAAGAAAUACAAACAGGAUUUCUGGUCAGAUGCCAAUUCUCUCAGACAACAGACAGAAAGCGUCAUCACACAGUCCUUAGAGAAGGCUGUUGAAAUAAUAGAGGGAACGGAGGUGUUGAAUAAAGUGAAGGAAGCACAGGUGAAAGCAAUAGAGAGGAACAUCAAGGAGCUGCAAAAUAAAAAGUUAUGCGAUGAUGAACUGGCCGUAGAAUUUGAGAAGAUGUGGGAAGGAAUAACAUCAGAGCUGUCUAAAGUUAGCCUGCCAAAGAGAGAUGCUUAUCAGGAUGUGCUCAAUCAACUCAAGUCUAAUCUACGUUCAAAGAGUGGAGAUGUCGACAAAAUGCUCAGCACAAUCAACCUGAAGUCUAGUGAACAGGAGGAAUUCAUUGUUAAAUCUGAUUGGUUUUCUAACUGGGAAAGUUGGGCAAAGAGAGGGUUUGGUGCCAUUAGAGAUAUGGAUAAAACACAGUUCAUUGCUAAAAUACAAGAUGUCUGUGACAGUAUCAUCAACAGCUGUGAAGAACGGAUAUCAGAUUUCAUAGACACCAUGAACAGAAACAACGCAGAUUACAAUGAGACAUACAUCAAAAAGAUCCUCAAGAAUAUUGAUGACCAAACGGUAGACAAAAUUACUGAUGAAUGUGGACUCUAUCUGAAGCAUCAUGUCGGUGUCCGAACAGCAGAGAACUUCCAGACAGCACACAAGGAAUUCAAUGUCCGCAAUGACCCGCAGAAACGUCUGACAGAGUUUAAACUCACAAUCAAGGUGAAAUUAGAAUCAUUCAGUGAUGAAGAUCAUUGCAAGAAGAAAGCUACAGAAUUCAUAGAGACAUUUGUGAAGGUAGCAGUCCAGGACUACGUGUCUAAAGAGCUUGGGCAGGCAAUUGAAAAAGAAAUUAAGGAGGGAGAUAGAGGAACUGACUUCAACACACAGGCUAAUUUCCAGUUUGCCCUUUUAAAACACCUGCUUGAAAGCGACACAUUUGAGAAGUACAAGGAUUAUACAUCAUCACAUGAAACAUUUGUGAAAGACUGGAUUAAGCAACAAAUCAUUGAAAAAUCCACCGCACAAGCAAACAUGACUGUGCUGGAGAAACACCUACUCUCUAAAAUUUUACAGAAUAUCAAAAACACAAUCACCAACUGUUCAAAGUCUGAAGACUUAAGUGUGUUUAUACAACAAUUUUGUGAUUCUCUGAAAAAUAAACUGAUCUUUCAAAAAGAUGCUUUGCAGAUCUUUAUGAUCCUCAACAAUGCAAAACCAGACCAGUUUGCCACCAACCUAAUAGACCUCAUCAAGGACAUGGAAGAAUCCCUAACUCAGGAGUAUGACAACAAAACAGGCAUCGAGCACAUCACUGAGAGAAUUGAUCAGUUGCCCACGAAGCCCCAUGAGCUGCUCUUCACUACCCUGUGUGGAUGUGGACACCAUUGUCCCUUCUGCCACACACCCUGUGAGGCAAAAGGUGCGGGCCACAGAGAACACUUCUCCAGUCUGCAUCGUCCCAGCGCAUUCGGAGAGUAUCGAGACAGCACAACCCGAAAAUUAAUUACCGAUAUAUGCACAACUUUGGUGAAAAGUGACAUGUCAUUUAAAAAUUUGAAAACAAAUAAUGUGUUUCAUCCCUAUAAGGAUUACCGACAUUUCUACCUUGAGUGGCAGAUAGCAGCAGAUUCCAGUCUUGAGGCCUCAGACUACUGGAAGUAUGUGCUGAUGAGGUUUAAUGAUAAAUUUGCAGAAGCUUAUAAUGCAAAACCUGCAGAUAUUCCAAGUGACUGGAAAACACUUACACCAGAGGAUGCACUGAAAAGCCUUGAAAAGGCAUUCAACAAAAACUAA